GUUUUACUGGGACCUGUGUAUGUUGUUACUACUAGUGGCCAACCUGAUCAUCUUGCCUGUGGCGAUAUCUUUCUUCAACGACGACCUCAGCACACGCUGGAUAGCGUUCAACUGUCUAUCGGACACUAUCUUCCUUAUCGACAUCAUUGUUAACUUUAGAACAGGCAUUAUGCAUCAAGAUAAUUCAGAACAAGUCAUCUUAGACCCUGCGCUAAUAGCGAGGCAUUAUUUGCGGACGUGGUUCUUCCUUGACCUCAUAUCUUCCAUACCACUCGACUAUAUUUUUCUCAUCGUGAAUCAGAUCUACAAGAACCGCGCGGACAAUGAAUCCGGUCAGGACUUCACGGAAAGCUUCCAGAUCCUGCACGCGGGCCGGGCGUUGCGCAUCCUGCGACUGGCCAAGCUGCUCAGCCUGGUGCGCCUGCUGCGUCUGUCGCGCCUCGUCCGCUACGUCAGCCAGUGGGAGGAGGUCUAUAUAUUGCAGAAGCACCAAAAGCAGGCCCGUCAAAGGCGAGAGACGAAGGCAGACGCUCCUAAAAGUAAAGCCAAGUUCAAAUCCAGUGUUUUGGUGAAGUUCCUGAACAUGGCGUCAGUGUUUAUGCGCAUCUUCAACCUGAUCUCCAUGAUGCUGCUCAUCGGACACUGGUCUGGCUGCCUUCAGUUUCUCGUACCCAUGAUGCAGGGUUUCCCACCCAACUCUUGGGUGGCCAUCAAUGAGCUCCAGGGCGCCUAUUGGCUGGAGCAGUACUCCUGGGCCCUGUUCAAGGCCAUGUCACACAUGCUGUGUAUAGGUUACGGCCGGUUUCCGCCCCAGUCCCUCACGGACAUGUGGCUGACCAUGUUGUCCAUGGUCAGCGGCGCCACCUGCUACGCCAUGUUCCUGGGCCACGCCACCAGUCUCAUACAGAGCCUGGACUCGUCGCGCAGGCAAUACCGCGAAAAGUUGAAACAGGUGGAAGAGUACAUGGGGUACAGGAAGCUGCCCCGCGACCUGCGGCAGCGCAUCGCUGAGUACUUCGAGCACCGGUACCAGGGCAAGUUCUUCGACGAGGAUAUGAUUCUCGGCGAGCUGUCGGAGCGGUUGCGAGAGGACGUCAUCAACUAUAACUGCCGGGCGCUGGUCGCGUCCGUGCCGUUCUUUGCCAACGCCGACCCCCAGUUUGUGACCGAUGUGGUCACAAAGCUGGCCUACGAAGUGUUCCAGCCAGGCGACAUCAUCAUCAAGGAGGGCACCAUCGGCAACAAGAUGUACUUCAUCCAGGAGGGCAUAGUGGACAUCAUCAUCAACGGCGAGGUGGCCACGUCGCUCAGCGACGGCUCGUACUUCGGCGAGAUCUGCUUACUGACCAACGCUCGCCGCGUGGCCAGCGUGCGAGCCGAAACCUACUGCAACCUGUUCUCGCUCUCCGUCGAGCACUUCAACGCGGUGCUCGACAGCUACCCACUGAUGCGGCGCACCAUGGAGAGUGUUGCCGCCGAGAGGCUGAACAAAAUCGGCAAGAACCCGAGCAUCGUGUCGAACCGUGAGGACCUGCAGACCGACUGCCGGACGGUGAGCGCCCUGGUGAGCGCUAUCGCCGUCCAGGAGCCGGACGUCGGCCCCAGCUCCGACGACGACUCGGAACCACAGCACAACAGCAUCAGCCUGCACCACCUGUCCAUCGGCCGGGCGCUGGCGCGCCUGCCGCGCCCCAAGUCCGAGAACAACUUUGCGCGCGCCGAGGAGGCGACGCGCCGCGCCGGCAGCCACCGGCCGUCUUUCCACAAGUCGGACAUUAUCUUCAAGUCGGAGGUGGGGCACGGCUGAGGCCGGCCGGGGCCGUGCGCCGGCACUGCGCACCCGGAGACGCCCAAUCAAACCCGGCCGACGGCCGAGCCGGCGGCCCCACCGCGCGCCGGGCCGCAAGCCGUUGUUGAUUUUGUAUUGUUUUACAUAGGGCGUGUUGCGGCGCCGUGCGUCGCGGGUAGUGUGGGGCGGCGCCAUUUCGGCCGCGCCGGGGAGGGCGCGCCAGCUUUUUCGUCGUCUCGUGAGCCCCGACCCCGGCCGCCGAGUCGCGGCAGCGACGGUCCGCGCGCCCCGACCCCUCGCCAGUCGCCCGCGGUAGAAAAGUGCCUGGUCCAUGGAAACAAUGCAGGUCUUCAGAGUGAUAUAUUGGUGUCUGGUGUCUUCGCGGUGACUGUCGAAUCUCACAGAGGGUGUAACCGACCGGUUAAGGGGCGUGGACCGUCGCUGCACCCCUCCCCAGAUCUCACCGAAUCACGCGCAAACUGGUGUGUCGUAGGCCUCAACACCGCUCCAUCCUGUUUUGAUGUAGCCUAGGUGCCUGGAGCGAUGUUCAAUUUUCGAGCAACGGGCUGGCCACCAGCGUCCUCUGCGGUCGCACUUGUGGGGACAUCUGAGUAAAGGUGGCGCUGCGUGCAGACGGAAUUUUUUCAUUCUCCGUGGGCUAUUGUCAA